CGCCUACGACCCGCCACGCAAAAAAAAUAAUUCGCCAGGAAGAUCUCGAAAGAUGAAGAAGGUGCUGGGUUUUGCGAUCGGGGUCCUCCUGUUUAUCGCGGCCACGGGCGAAGAGAUUGCCGCAAAAGCCGGGCACACUUUGGAGCUGCCGAUGGAAGAGGAAGACGACAGUAAUGGGCCGCAUACGUGCAAAAACUGCAAAGAGCACUUGAAGACCAGCCACAUCUGGAAUGUGAUCCUCGGCAUCGCCUGCGGCUGCUUGGUGCUCAGCAACAUCCUCACCAUCACUUGCGUGAACUGGAUGCGCAUCCGCAACACGAUCGAGUCGUGCGUCGACCGCUGGUUCUACCGUCACCCCGAUGAGGAGAACCUGGUC